ACACAUUUUUCGCCGGGGUUGGCACACCAUAAUAUUAUGUGAUAUAUCAUGACUGUUCCUUAUUCUAGUUAAACCCUCUCAUUUCAUGCAAGCACAUCUGCGGGCUGACUGCGCGAUAUGAUUUUGAAGGCCCAACUGCGCGUUCAUAGACAUUUCAAACAAAUAGGCUACACCACAUUGAGCAAUAGGCCUGACUAAUACUGGUAAUAUAGGAGCAAUUAUGUAACACGAAUCUCAUGAUUUUUUUUCACUCACGGACCGCCGUUGCAGAACCGGGAUAUAUUUAUACAGAACGAUGGAUAAUCAUUAAACCAGCCAAAUACUCUACAACAGUCUGACCAAGAUACAGAAAGCGAACUAAACUGCUCUCCAUUGGAGUAGGAUGUUACUAGCGUCUGCCGUAGUGGUAUGGGAAUGGCUGAACGAGCACGGACGCUGGCGGCCUUACAGCCCGGCCGUCUCUCACCACAUCGAGGCAGUCAUCCGCAACGACCCGCGGGGUGGUAGUGUUGUAUUAGGCCAGGUGGACACUCGUCUCUCGCCCUACAUCAUUGACUUGCAUUCCAUGCACCAGUUCCGCCAAGACACAGGUACUCUACGGCCUGUGCGUCGCAGCUUCUACGACCCAACUUCAGCACCGGGCCAGGGCUGGCUGUGGGAGUGGGAGAACGACACCGGCUCCUGGACUGCCUACGACACGGAGGUGGGCAUCGCCAUCCAGGCGGCACGCGACCGCCAGCAGCCCUGGCUGGACCUGGCGCCGCUGGGCUUCUGCUACCUCAUCGACUUCCAGAGCAUGACCCAGAUCAACGGGCAGACGCAGCGCUGCAGGCGUAUCCAGCGACGCUCGGACCUAGCCUACCCGCUGGUGUCGGGGCCCCUGCCCAAGUCCCACCACGCCUGGGGGCCCGCUCCUGGGGGACUCCUGGGGGUGGGGGUGUCUGGAGUGGGCAUGGGGCUCGGGGUGAGUGGAGGCGGGACUGGAAAUGGCAGUGCCUACCCAAGCGGCGCCCUGCCGGCCUCGGCUAUAACGUCUCUUGGCCAGCCGUGUGCGUGUCAGCAAUGCAUGCUGGUCCUUAGCGUCAAGGCGGGCGCCAUGUCGGCUCACACCCUUGGGAGGAGGCCUCCCCAGAACAAACCGCCUAGCCCCAAAUUUGGGGGCUACUCUGCCAUAGGGGGGUCGUACUCGCUGACCCUACCCCGCCCCCCGUCCCUGUCCAGGUCCCUUUCCCCUCACAGGACAUCUGUGGGAGGGGCUAGCGGCGGGGGCGGGGUUGGGGGCGGCAGCUUUGCCCACUCGCUGUCCCUCCUGGGCUCGGCCACGGCCGCCCUCUCCCUCAACUCCACCCGCCCGCCUCCCCCGCCCCUCCCCCCUCCGCCCCCGCCCCCGCCUCCGCCCUCCUCCGUCGCCGCCUCCCUGCCGCACCCCUCCUCGUCCUCCUCUCUCUCGGCCUCCUCCGCCCUGCCGCAGGUGCCCUCUCCGGUCCAGCCCCUCAUUUCCACCGCUGCCUCCUCCUGUACGCCCUCGCCGUCCGCCCGCGUCCUCGGCCCUGUGUCAUCGGCCGCCGCGGCCUGCGCUGCCCCUUUGCCGCCCCGUGCCAGCCUGGCAGGGCUGAGUCGACCUGCCCUGCAGCGCAUUGCCAUGGCCCAGUCCCGUGCCCUCAUUGCGUCUGGAGUGCCAACAGUUCCAGUGAAGAACCUGAAUGGAUCAAGUCCUGUCCACCCUGCGUUAGCGGGUAUUACAGGGAUCCUGAUGAGUGCAGCUGGACUUCCUGUCUGUCUGACUCGCCCUCCCAAGCUUGUGCUCCACCCUCCUCCUGUCAGCAAGAGUGACAUCAAGCCAGUUCCUGGUCUGGGCCACUGCUGCCGUAAGACCACCAAGAAACAGGCCCGCAAAGGCAAGACCCCCGAGGAGGUUGUAAAGAGGUACCUUCAGAAAGUCCGCAACCCCCCUGAGGAGGACUGCACCAUCUGCAUGGAGGCCUUGGCGGGCCCCUCGGGGUACAAGGGCCCCGGCGUGGGCGGCAUCUCCCGAGCAGAGUCUGUGGGUCGCCUGGCGCAGUGUGGCCAUCAGUACCACCUCCAGUGCCUGGUCGCCAUGUACAACAACGGCAACAAGGAUGGCAGCCUGCAGUGUCCCACCUGCAAGACCAUCUACGGGGUCAAGACGGGGAACCAGCCCCCUGGCAAGAUGGAGUACCACGUCAUCCCCCACUCCCUGCCCGGUCACCCAGACUGCAAGACCAUCCGAAUCAUCUACAACAUCCCACCUGGCAUCCAGGGCCCUGAGCAUCCGAACCCGGGAAAGCCCUUCACCGCCCGAGGAUUCCCCAGACACUGCUACCUCCCUGACAGCGAGAAGGGACGUAAGGUGCUGAGGCUCCUGCUGGUGGCGUGGGACCGUAGACUGAUCUUCUCCGUGGGAACUUCCAGCACCACGGGCGAGUCAGACACGGUCAUUUGGAACGAGGUCCACCACAAGACCGAGUUUGGCUCCAACCUGACGGGUCACGGCUACCCGGACCCCGGCCACCUGGACAAUGUUCUGGAGGAGCUUAAGGCCCAGGGCAUCACAGAGGAGGAGUGCCUUCCCAGAGACUGAGCUGGACCAAUAGGGAAGCAGUAGGAGAAAGACUUGCUGAAGCAGUCCAUAAACAAAGAUGCUGAAAAACAAUGGAACUGAGCAGACAAAAGAGAAAGCGUUAAAAAAAACAAAAACAAUGAACAAUGACGUGUGUGCGAAUUAUAACAUGAACCACUGAAAUUACUGGGGAAACCAGAAAAUAACUGAAUAAAAGAACAGAUGAACCAGUGAAGAGGGUCAGCCGGGAAAACAACAAACUGACAUUUCAAAAUCUACAAAAUCUACAAAAUAGAACAAUAUGUUGAGGUUUCAGGAGUGCUUACAGAGAUCCAAUAGUAUUUCUCCGGUACACAGGUGGGAUAUGACUUGGUUGCAUGGGUCAGUUUUACAUUAGACAGGAUAAUUGUUGUUUUUUCUGUUAUUAUAAUGGUGUCACAAUUGAAAAGCGU